CGAUUCAACACACCCAUCGCGUAAAAGAUCAUCACGCGUAUCUGCACCUUGAUUGCUGAUUAUUAGGUCUGUGAGGUUCAAGGAACCUGCUGUCUGAGUCCGUUGGAACUUACUUCCAGUCUACAUCUAAGUCCGCAUAAGUUUUUCACGCCCCCACGGCAAGAAGUCAGCAAAGAUGCCGAACCAAGCACAGGAGCCUGCGAAGCUGACUGACACGCAGAUGAAGCUGAAAAAGGUAUCCUGAGUAAAAACGUACCCACACCAGAGUUGUAAUGCAGAUUUGCAAAGACAGGAAGACUUGUAAUGCGUAUCCCCACGAGAGCCAUUGCCAAUCGUGUUUUGGAAUUUGUGAUGCUGUGAACAGGAUGAGCAGAUGAAUCUGUGACGCGGCUGCACUUGCUAACCUGCACUACACUGCAGAGUGCAACUUGUCAUGCGUGACUCACAAAACUCCUAGGUUUGUGUUGCAAAAUCCCCAUCCUGACUCUGGUGUGGGUACGUUUUUACUCAGGAUAAAAGGCGAUUUACAGCGGACACACGCUGGUCGGUCCCUGGGUAGACAAACGGUAAGGUUAUUGAUGUGGUGAUGGUGCUGUUUGCGCUGGAAAAAUGCAUGGCAAAUUAUAGGUAAAACUGAUGCAACACUAAAUCGUUUCGCAAUGAAUGAUGUUUCUCUUAUUUCUCAUGCGUGGGAGCAUGACAGGCAUACUCUAUCAUUGCAAAAUUGCAUGACAAAUCAGGAUGGACAAGCAGUUUCAGCACGACUACCGUGUGCGGAAGUUGUACUCCUUGCCUGGGAAAGCCGCUUCGACGUUUAUGGAUGAACAGAGAUUUUCUUUUUCAACUCGACAUAGCAUGUCUGCUGAUGCAUCUCAGACGCAGACCGGGUUUGUCAUGCAGAGCACCCAUUCCAAGAAAAUGAACAUGAAGUCGUGUCUAUUUGUGAUGCGCGUCAAGAACGGCAUGAUAGAAAGAAGAAAAUCUCCGUAUGCAUACUCCUCACGACGACAAACUCCGGGUAUGGUGAAUUUGCCGCCAAUAUCAAAUGCAGAAGUGUCUGGGUCUGGAAGAUUGUAACUUGUGAUGUUGUCUUCGAAUUAUAUUCGAAAAAAAUCUGUAUUGCAUGAGGAGCAAAGGAAGUCCAGUUUGUUGUACAAGGGGAGGGCAUUUCUCAUGCAGAAUAGGCAUCAGGAAUCCCUCACCCUCUAAAAAUCAGUGAUGCCAGGUUAUGCAUCACAGGCAUGAUGGGAUGGGUCAUGCAAAACAUGCAUGACAAACCUGGAAAGAACCAUCCAGACCCAGACAUUUUUGCAUUUGAUAGCCAAGGAAAUGAUCGAUUCCAACACGAAGAUUCGGGACAUUGACACCUACAAGCGCGACGACCUGGGUCCCAAGGACGAGUACUACAAGAGUCAGACGGUAUAAAAGUUGAUUUUGUUUUUGUUCCUCAUGCAGAGGCGUGCAUGACAGAUAUGAUUUUUCAUCCUUGUGCUGGAUGCAUGACAUCAAAUCUGAUCAAAUCAGCACUCCGCCCACGCGGAUCCGCGCACGAUGAAACCGCCGGAGUACGAGUCCGAGUUCGAUAGUAGGAAGAGUAAAAUGAUUUGUCAUGCGGGAAACGCAAACGCGCCUUGCAUUCAUAUGGUGUCCCUGCAUUACAAAGUCGUAUCUUCAGUAGUUGCGACUCGUGUCAUCAUGGGUUCUUUCUCGCAUGACAAAGAACAAAGAGGAAAUAAAUGCAAGCGAUUUGGAUUUGUCAUGGGGGAAAUAACGCACACGUUGCUUAUGCUUGCAUAUGGUAUCUCUGCAUUACAAACUUGUUUAUAUGAGUUGCAAUGCGUGCUGUCAUGAUCAUUCCGCAUGACAAAGAAAUUUUCCGGUUCCAUAAGCUUGGACAUGGUGGAAAAGUACAAAAACAAGUGGUCCUUCACCGACCCCUACAUGAAGCGGUUUAUGAAAAGAGACGAGAAAAAAUAAAUUUGUAUUGCGAGGCUGGCAUGACAAGCUUUCAGCUCCUGCGUUGUACGCAUGACAAAAAAGACAAACUCUCUGUCCUACUUCUGCCUCAGCAUUACAAACUUCUCGCUUUCCUUUCAUACUCCGGGAAGGAAAACUCUCCGUCUUCGACGCCGCGCUGGGCAGAUAUGGCGCUCUCAAAUGUUACAUUCUCAACUGUUACAUGGAUUUGUGAUGCAAGAAUGGGAAAAAUGAAGAGGGGGCAUGGCGCGUCUUGCAUGACAGAUUUGGCACAGAUUAUCAGCCUAAUUGGCCAUUCGUCCAGAAUUUGUCAUGCAGAGCAGCUUGAUCGUGUAGAUGAUAGUGCUAGUUUUGCGUGACAAAUCAUGCAACAGUUGAGAGUGUAACGUUUGAGAAUCUCAUAGCAGACCGGACGGGUUUUUAUGAAACAGAAACUAAGUAAUAUUACCGAGUUCUUGUUGUUCAGUCUUUGUCAUGGCGCAUGAGAAGUUGGUAUUCUGUUUCUGAUCCGUGUUUAUUUCGCAUGACUACAAAGUCCAGAACAAGAAUCAGCGAGUUGCAAUCCAUACCCCGACCCGGAGAAGUACGCGUACCGCAACAAGGGCGGGUUUGAGUAAAGUGGAAAUUUGGUGACUUGUGGAAUCUGCAUAACAGGCCGUUUCUGUCUUGCGGAUUCGGCAUGAUGAAUCAAUCCGCUACAACUCGUGGAAAAAAUUGAUGCGCGCCAUUUGUCUUGCUGCAAAAGUAGUUUUGCAAUUAUUAUAGAAAAAAUGAUUUCACAUCGACUCUAUUUGUUAUGAUCGAAAUUUGUCUAGGCGUUUCGACGUACCGAUCUUGACCUUUAUUUGUUGUAAUUUACGUCUACAAUUGCAAAAUAUUUUCUCGAAGAAUCUGUACCUCACUCUUACAACGCUCUACUCUCUGAUAUCACCCUGUAUCAUCAAAUCUUGAUGAAGUAUCUUCACUGUGGUCUCAACCUACCAAGACCAAACCUGUAAAAUUAGCUUCUUGACAAAUAAGCAAUGUCACGCCUUCUACCAAUUUUAUGCCCUCUCGUCUCCAACACACCUGUAAAAAAUUCCAAUCUUAACAGCAGCUUGCUGUUUGAAAACACACCUAGCCUGUUUGAUGUUUCACAAUCUCCUGUACCCAAACGAUAUUAAUUUUCGCGUUGAGGUAGUUGUACUUCAUCUUCAUCAUCUCAACCUGUACCCAAGCGGUGUUGUUUUAGCUUUGUUUGCAGCGUCACUGACACAAAAAAACCUGUACCUCCAAAAGUAAAGUUUCUACACUAAGUCUAAAUCUGUCUUGCUACUUCCGAGAAAGCGUCGAUAACCUGUACCCAAUAUUCAAAGUUUCACAUCAACAAUGACAAUGUCGUUUUGUUGUGGAAGAUGAAAUAUACCGAAGAAAAAAUGUCGCUGACACGGAGUAGAUCCUCGUUAACACCGACACGACGGACUGUACUCCUAUAUGUCUUUUUUGCCUCAGAGCAGCUUUUUCC